GCAGGAUUCCCCGGACCGGGAACACGGCGGUGGCGGAGCGGCCGCGCCCCGGAGCCCCCGGGAAUGCCGGUUGUGGUGUGGGGAACGAUCGGGCAACGCUCCGCUUUGGAGCGGGGAUGAACGAGCUGUCCGCUCCGGCGGAGCCCCGCCCCUGCGCUCGUCCCGCCCCUGUCCCGGCGUGCCCCGUGGGCGGCGAUGGCGGAGGGCAGCGGCAGCGGCAGCGGCGGCGGUGGUGGUGGUGGCGGUGGGAGCGUUCGGGGGCCGCCGUGUCCCGGAGCGGCCGCGGCGUUCCGGCGCUGGGAGCAGCUGCGGCGGCGGGCAGCGACACCCUGGGCCCGCGGGCUCCUGGCUGUGGCCGCCGGGCUCGGGCUCCUGUAYGCCGUGCUGCGGGUCCCGCUGCGGCUCCGGGACGGCCUGGCCGCCGUGACUGUGUUCUUAAGCACUUUGACUCCAAAGUUCUACUUUGCGCUAACAGUGACUUCAUCUUUUAUAUCUGGACUCAUAUUUGUGUUUGAGUGGUGGCACUUCCGAAAAUAUGGCACAUCUUUCAUUGAGCAGGUUUCUGUGAGCCAUCUGAGGCCCCUGAUUGGGGGUGCAGAGAACAGCCCUCCAGCCCCAGCAGCUUUCUCAGCAGGGGAGAAUGAGACCAGCAGGCAGAACAUGCCAGAGUGCAAAGUGUGGCGAAAUCCUCUCAAUCUUUUCAGAGGGGCAGAGUAUAGCAGGUACAUGUGGGUGACUGGGAAGGAGCCUCUUACUUACUAUGACAUGAAUUUGUCAGCUCAAGAUCACCAGACCUUCUUCACCUGUGACACGGAUGCCCUUCGGCCUUCAGAUACAGUUAUGCAGAAAGCGUGGCGAGAGAGGAACCCGCAAGCCCGGAUUAAAGCUGCAUAUCAAGCCCUAGAGUUGAACAAUGAUUGUGCUACUGCCUAUGUCCUCCUGGCUGAGGAAGAAGCAACAACGAUUGUGGAUGCUGAGAAAUACUUCAAGCAGGCUCUGAAAGCAGGAGAAAUGAUUUACAGAAAAUCUCAGAACUGCCAUUCCCAGAGCCCCCAGCACGAAGCACAGCUGAGAAGAGACACCAAUGUUUUGGUGUAUGUGAAAAGGAGACUAGCUAUGUGUGCCAGGAAACUUGGAAGAAUACGAGAAGCAGUAAAAAUGAUGAGAGAUUUGAUGAAAGAGUUUCCACUUCUCAGUAUGCUGAACAUUCAUGAAAAUCUCCUGGAGGCCCUUCUGGAGYUACAGGCUUAUGCAGAUGUCCAGGCAGUUUUAGCCAAGUAUGAUGAUAUCAGUCUUCCCAAAUCAGCAGCAAUAUGUUACACAGCAGCCCUGCUAAAAGCCAGAGCUGUUUCAGAAAGGUUCUCCCCAGAAACUGCCUCCAAAAGAGGGCUUAGUACAGCAGAAAUUAAUGCUGUGGAAGCAAUUCACAGAGCUGUGGAAUUUAACCCUCAUGUUCCAAAGUAUUUACUAGAAAUGAAAAGCCUGGUGCUGCCUCCAGAGCACAUUCUGAAGCGAGGGGACAGUGAGGCAGUCGCCUAUGCCUUUUUUCACCUCCAGCACUGGAAGAGGAUAGAAGGGGCUCUAAAUCUGCUGCACUGCACAUGGGAAGGCACAUUUAGGAUGAUCCCAUACCCGUUAGAGAAAGGACAUCUUUUCUAUCCCUACCCAAGCUGCACAGAAACAGCAGACAGAGAGCUGUUGCCAACUUUUCAUGAAGUCUCUGUUUACCCCCAGAAGGAACUUCCCUUUUUCAUCCAUUUCACAGCAGGCCUGUGUUCCUUUUCAGCCAUGCUGGCCCUUCUUACCCACCAGUUCCCUGAACUGAUGGUCAUUUUUGCAAAAGCUGUGCUGCGGGUGCUGUGGCCCGUGAGUGCUCCCAGCGUUCUGGCCUCCAGCUGAAUGGACUGCACCACAGUGUUUUGGGACUCUCACCCUUCAGCUUCGCUGUGGAACACACUGAGGUCCUGCUGCUGUCCAGCCCCUGGCAUCUGCUAACUCCAGUGUGACUGGAGUGUGUUUUCCAUGAUAGUUUGAUUUUAUUCUCAUGAGCCUCACUUGGUGGUUGGCUGACACCCAGUUGUGGGGGCCAAGGAAGAAAUCUGGGCUUUUCAAACUGAUAUCCUUGACAGGCUUCCAUGUUGAUGGCGCUUAACAUAUGAAUUUCUUCUUUGGCCUUAAUCUGUAAUCAUCUAAGAAAAUAGUUUUGUUGAGCAAUAGUUUAUUGCUCUCUAAAUCACUUGGACAACUGGAAGCUCAUACUUCCUCUGUAAAAAAGGAGAGUACACAAACUGAGCAGGUGUUUGGAGUAUUGAUACUUCCUUCUCAGCUGCAGAUGCAGUAGAUACUUGGCUUAGAUUUAAUUUUAUAAGCCUUUUUCAAAAUGUUUGUUAACCGCAAAGUAUGGUUCUGCUUUCUUUAUUAAAAGGUUGCUACUUAACACAUUGAAUUUGU